CGCACGCACACAUGAAACGCACGAAAAAAGUGUUGCCACAUCCGCUAAUAGCGACCAGUUUAGUGUGACCAUACUCUGGGCUUGUCGUGCAGGGCUGGCGACCAUCAACUAUCGAUAAGCUAUGGCCCGCGACUAAAAUGGAAAUUCUGAAUGAAGAUGCAACGAAAACAGUGUCCAGGACACCAAAAAGUGGAAUGUCCAUGGGCGGCAAAAUCCUGAUAGCGGCCACGGGAGGAGUGGGCAUCGGCCUGUCGAUUGUGUGCGCCUCCUUUGUGGCGCCGGCAUUUCGGAGGAUUUGCCUGCCGUAUGUGCCAGCCACUAGCGAACAAAUACAGAAUGUCCUGAGCUUCCUGCCCAAGAACGCGGCCGGAAAACUGCUGGACAUCGGUUCCGGAGACGGACGCAUCGUGAUGGCGGCGGCCCAGCACCAUAAAGCUUUAAAAACAGACGGAGUGGAGCUGAAUCCAUGGCUGGUCUACUACUCCCGCCUGGCUGCACUGCGCCACGGCGUCUCCAAGCAGACGAGGUUCUUCCGCCGGGAUCUCUGGAAGUUCGAUAUUAAAGACUACGACUUCGUGGUCAUCUUCGGCGUGGAGCAGAUGAUGCAGGACCUGGAGCACAAGCUGAUCGCCGAGUGUCCCCACAACACCAAGAUCAUCGCCUGCCGAUUCCCCCUGCCCAACCUGCAGCACGUAAAGAUCAUCGAGGAUGGGGUGAACACCGUGUGGUUCUACGACCUCAACAAAAGCUAGCGAGUGUUAUUAAAUUGGUAUCUUUAUUGUU